UCAUUUUGUCACGUAGACACCUAAAGAGAUUUUUAGAAUUUUAAUCGUUUUAAUCAUUAUUUAUGUAAUAAUUAUAAAAAAACAUUACUUACUAUAUUUUUCAAACGUUCAUUAUUUAUAAUUUGUUUACAAUAAAGUUGAAGUUUAAACAUGGCCUUAACAACAGCAUUUCAAAUACUUAAAACAUCACCGAUGCGUGUUACUAACUCAACGUACAUAAAAUACGUUUCAAAAAGACUACAGUAUUCCAAAGCGGAGACGUUUUUGAGUGGAACUAAUGCGAAUUACUUAGAAGCUCAAUACUUAGAUUGGAAAAAUUCUAAAGCUCCAGUGAAUCAGUCAUGGGAUGGAUUUUACGAAAGCGUCAGCGGGCCUACUCUGAAAAUCGAAGAAUUUGAGGAUGAGUUUAGCCCCCGCACCAGCAAACCCAAGAAGAAGAAGGAAGAUAAAGAGGUUACAGAAAGAAUCAAGAUGCAUUUGGCUGUGAUGAGUCUAAUCCGAAGCUAUCAGGUGCGUGGACAUCUACUGGCAAAAACCGAUCCAUUGAAUAUGACGAUAGCUGCUAAUUGGUUACUGGAGAAGCAAGUCCCGCCGUUAGAGUUGAAAGGACUGGAAUGUAAAAUAGUGUCGCGGGAACUCGGCACUACUUUAGGUGAGGCUCAAAUGGAUGAUGUUUUCGAACUACCUGCGAGAACUUUUAUUGGUGGUAAAGAGUCAGCCUUAUCCCUGAGAGAUAUAGUAAAUCGGUUGGAAACAGCGUACUGCGGUUCAAUAGGCGUGGAGUACAUGCACUUGUACGAUUUGGACGCGAUCCAGUUCAUACGGGAGCGGCUGGAACCGCCCGGCGCGUUCGACAAGACCGUUGAGGAGAAACGGGACAUUAUGCGACGUCUUACUAAAGCUGUGUUCCUCGAAAAAUAUUUUGCGACCAAGUGGCCGGCAGAGAAACGUUUUGGAUUAGAGGGUGGAGAGAGUAUGAUCGCCAUGUUGGAAGAAAUCGUCGACACGAGCACAAAGUUGGGAGUUGAAUCAAUCGUCAUGGCCAUGCAACAUCGAGGACGACUGAAUAUGUUAGUUAAUGUGUGUCGGAAGCAGUUGACGGAUAUCUUUGCUCAAUUUAAACCUAUGGAACCCAAAGAGCCGGGUUCGGGUGACAUAAAAUACCAUCUCGGCACGUUUAUACACCGGUUUAUACGGAGGACAAACAAAUAUAUCAAAGUAUCUAUGAGUUGCAACCCGUCACAUUUGGAGGUGGUCUCCCCUGUAGUGGUGGGGAAGGCACGCGCUGAACAACAUUGGAAGGGGGACUGUAAUGGAGACAAGGUAAUGGCAAUAGUAAUGCACGGGGAUGCAGCGUUCGCCGGGCAGGGUGUGGUGUACGAGACGAUGCAGCUGGGCAACCUCAAGUACUUCAGCACUCACGGCGCCAUUCACAUCGUGUGCAACAACCAGAUCGGGUACACCACCGACCCUCGAUUCAGCAGGAGCGUGCCCUAUUGUUCAGACGUAGCAAAGGCCUUCGAUGCGCCAGUUUUUCACGUUAACGGAGACGACGCAGAAGCGGUAGCGCAUACGGCUCGAAUGGCGAUCGAGUACCGCUGCCAGUUCAAGAAGGACGUUGUAAUAGACUUCGUGUGCUACCGACGCUUCGGCCACAGCGAGGAGGACGAGCCCAUGUUCACGCAACCCUUUAUGUACAAGAAGAUAAGGAGCAUGAAGACAGUUGACAAAAUAUACGAAGAGAAGCUAAAAGCGGAAGGCGUAGUGACGGACGCUGAUAUCAAGCAGUGGGAAAAGGAAUACACGGACACUCUGAACAAGCACUUCGAACUUGCGAAGAAGGUCACCAAACUGAGCAUCAUGGACUGGGUGGAUACGCCUUGGACUGGGUUUUUCGAAUCUACCGAUCCCAAAAAGGUCAAAGAUACAGGUAUCAGUGAAGCGACGAUUGCUACAAUAUCACAACACUUUUGCAAGCCACCAGAACCAUGGGCAUUCGAAAUUCACAAAGGCAUUCACAAAAUGUUGGAAAAACGAGCUAAAAUGGUGAAGGAUGGUAUUGCUGACUGGGCGAUGGGUGAAGCGUUGGCAUACGGAUCUCUGUUGCGGGAUCAGAUACACAUACGACUUACUGGUGAAGACGUCGAAAGAGGAACUAUGGCCCACAGGCAUCACGUAUAUCAUCACCAGAGUGUAGAUGGCGCCACUUACCGAGUUCUCGACACUUUAUAUCCAGACCAGGCUAAGUACAGUCUCCACAACAGCUCUCUGUGUGAAUUUGGUAUCUUGGGUUUUGAAGUUGGCUACUCCUACUCGAGCCCCUAUUUGCUAACGAUCUGGGAGGCGCAAUAUGGGGACUUCGCUGACGAAGCUCAACCAGUGUUCGACACUUUUAUCUGCAAUGGAGAGAGCAAGUGGAUCUGUCAAUCUGGCCUUGUGAUACAACUGCCACAUGGGAUUGAUGGAGCGGGUCCUGAGCAUUCGUCUGCACGUGUCGAGCGUUACCUUCAGCAAGCUGAUGAUGAUGAAGAUAAAAUUCCAAAUCUUGACGAUAAAGAUAUGUGGGUAAAACAACUCAGAAGCGCAAACUGGAUAGUUUGCAACGUAACAACACCAGCAAACUAUUUCCACCUGAUGCGUCGGCAAAUCGCGCUGCCGUUCCGUAAGCCGCUCGUCCUGAUGACGCCGAAAGUUGGCCUCAAGCACCCAUACUACACCUCGCCCUUCAAGGACUUUCUACCCGGCACUUGCUUUCAGAGAGCAAUAAGAGAAAACGGUCCAGCAUGCAAAAAACCAAAAGAAGUAAAGAAACUCAUCUUCUGUUCUGGAAAAGUAGCUAUAACUGUCGAUGAACUGCGAAAAGAGAAGAAGAUGGAAGACAAAAUUGCUUUAUGUAGGAUCGAACAGGUGUAUCCGUUCCCCUAUGACAUUGUACUGAAGGAGAUUUGCUGUUACGAUAAGGCGACAGUGGCUUUCUGUCAAGAGGAACAUAAGAAUCAAGGUCCUUUGCCUUUUGUUAGGCCGAGGCUUGAGAAUCUUCUGGGAAAGAAAAUCCAGGUUAUCACGCGGCCGCCCAGCGCGGCUUCCGCGACAGGAAUCAAAUGGAUACACGCAAAGGAGCUUAAGGAAUUAAAGGAGGCCAUUAUAGCUUAACUUGUUCUGUCCCGUAUACGUUAAACACGAAAAAUUGCUAUAAAGUGGAAAAAGUU